AUCCCAGGCUCAGAGAGGGAUGUGAAUGUCCGGGGACAAACCCCCAUCCGUCCCCGAUCACAGGGGACUCCAGGGCCACGCAGCCCCUCGGAGGACCCCGCUCUGUGCCCUGGGCAUGUCCCCUCCGUGGCUGUGCCCAGCAGCCCUGCACCGCCCGCUCCCUAGUGCCACCCUGCUCCCUGCGCAGGGACCCCCAGGGUCUCCCUCCCCACCGGUGCCAUGACAUCCCCAGCCCUGCCCGCCCUCCCUGCCCACUCUCCCUGCCCGCUCUCCCUGCCAGACCGGCAGCCCCUCAGCCCGCAUCCCUAUGUUGCAGAGAGACCUUUGGAAGAUGUCGAACCCGAGAAACGGCGACACCAAGCCCCCAUGUUUGCCCCGCAAUGGACUGGUGAAGAUCCCCACGCAACCCAACGGCCUCGGCUCCGCCAGCAUCACCAAAGGCACCCCCGCCGUGAAAAACCGCCUGUGCCAGCCUUCCUCCGUGCCUGCCAUCCUCAGCCCGGCCUUAGCCCACCGCAGCGACCUGCCUAUCCCCAGCCUGGCCUCCCCACUCUCCUUGGCCACUCUGGCCGGCGUCUCCUCCCCUCCCGGUGCUUCUUUGGUGGGACUGAACACGAGCGAAAGCUCGGAGCAGCCCUCGCCGGAGCGGCUGCCCGGCUCGCCCUCGGAAAGGCAGCUGGCGGUGGACGAGAAGAUCCUCAACCGCUUGUUCUGGUACUUUUCGGCGUGCGAGAAGUGCGUGCUGGCGCAGGUGUGCAAGGUGUGGCGGCGGGUGCUCUACCAACCCAAGUUCUGGGUGGGCUUGACACCCGUCCUGCACACCAAAGAGCUCUACAAUGUCCUGCCCGGCGGUGAGAAGGAGUUUGUCAGCCUGCAGGGCUUCGCCGUCCGCGGCUUCGACGGCUUCUGCCUCGUGGGUGUCUCCGACCUGGACAUUUGUGAGUUCAUUGACAACUACCCCCUCUCCAAGAAGGGUGUCAAGUCCAUGAGCCUUAAGAGGUCGACUAUCACAGACGCAGGCUUGGAGGUGAUGCUGGAGCAGAUGCAGGGCGUCGUGCGGCUGGAGCUGUCGGGCUGCAACGACUUCACAGAGGCCGGGCUGUGGUCCAGCCUCAACGCCCGCAUCACGGCGCUGAGCGUCAGCGACUGCAUCAACGUGGCCGACGACGCCAUCGCCGCCAUCUCGCAGCUCCUGCCUAACCUCACCGAGCUCAACCUGCAAGCCUACCACGUGACGGACACGGCACUCGCCUACUUCACCGCCAAGCAAGGCUACACCACCCACACCCUCCGCCUCAACUCCUGCUGGGAGAUCACCAACCAUGGCGUGGUCAACAUGGUCCACAGCCUGCCCAACCUGAGUGUCCUCAGCCUCUCGGGCUGCUCCAAGGUGACGGAUGACGGCGUGGAGCUGGUGGCUGAGAACCUGCGGAAGCUGCGCAGCCUCGACCUCUCCUGGUGCCCUCGCAUCACCGACAUGGCCCUGGAGUACAUCGCCUGCGACCUGCACAAGCUGGAGGAGCUGGUGCUCGACAGGUGCGUGCGGAUCACCGACACCGGCCUCAGCUACCUGUCCACCAUGUCGUCCCUGCGGAGCCUCUACCUGCGCUGGUGCUGCCAGGUGCAGGAUUUUGGCCUGAAGCAUCUCCUGAGCAUGGGCAGCCUGCGCCUCCUCUCGCUGGCCGGCUGCCCCUUGCUGACCACCACGGGGCUGUCGGGGCUGGUGCAGCUACAGGAGCUGGAGGAGUUGGAGCUCACCAACUGCCCCGGGGCCACCCCGGAGCUCUUCAAGUACUUCUCCCAGCACCUCCCGUGCUGCAUGGUGAUCGAGUAG